AUGGCCAGUCAUAUCAUUGGCAAUCGCAACAGCACUCCCGAGGCUUCCAAUUCGACACUGCGUCCACCUUCCUCAUCUCGAAAUCUCGGAUCGCACCAGCUGCGGGCAUCGGCAGACAUGUCCGGAUUUCCCUCGCCGCUGUCCGCCCGAAGCAUCCGUCCGUCAUCGGAAGUGUUCUUCAACCAGCAAUCUCAGGGCCAGAAUGCGACGGAGGACGCUUUGGAUCGUGCUGCUCAGCAGUGGCUCGCCGACAUUGACCAGUACGAGACCACAUUGGAGGAAAUGGCGGCUGCCACCCUUGACCAGGACUUCAAGGAUGAACUCAGUGCCAUCGAGCAAUGGUUCCGCGUGCUGAGCGAAGCCGAGAGGACUGCGGCCCUCUAUGCAUUGCUCCAGCAAACCACUCAGGUGCAGAUUCGGUUCUUCAUCCAGGUCUUGCAGCAAAUGUCUCAGGGCCACCCGAUGUCCGGCCUGCUCUCACCUGCGAACUUUGGCGAAAAGGGCAUGUCACAGUCCCCACGUCCUUCAUUGAGUCUCACUAACCUUGAUUCUAUAGAUGCGAUGUCCAGCCGCAUGAGCGACGCCAUGUCGAAGCUCAACAUGGAUCCCUCCCGCAACUCCCUUGGGCGCCCCCCGCCAUCCCCUGGCGCAAAGCGCAACUCCGGUCUCGACCCCUCGACCAUCAAUGCGAUGUUCCCGGAUGCCGCCGCGGCUAUCGCGAAGAAGAAGGCCGAGUUCACCCAGCAAACUGGCAACGCACCUCCCUCGAACCGUAACAGCGCAGUCUUCGACCGUACCUCUUUUGUAGCCCCCACCAUCUCGGCCCCCGACAACAACUCAGACAGCCUGGGUCAACCGCCUGCUUCCCCCUGGGCCCAACGGGGCCUCUCGGACACUCAGCCUCCUAUCGCUCGCCCCAAGUCAUCUUCUGGACAUCAGCCCAUGGGUCAGUUCAGCCAGCCCUCGGGCAUGCGUUCGCCCCUCCCGCAAACCGCCAAUGUGCCUUCCAGUGACAUCGAGCCUCCUUUGCUUUCGCCUUAUAAUGUCGGAAACCACAGUUGGGCUUCAAUGACUAACACCCCGAUGACUGCAACAUUCGGCCAGCAGUCGCACCAAAACCCCAACAACCAUGCGGACAUGGUUGCUAAUGCCACGGCAAUGAAGCUGGCAGCUUUGUCGACGGUCAACAACCGCAUUGCUUUGGAUGACGCGCGGAAGUAUCGCCGCUCCCGUUCCAAUGACGGCCAGGGCAGAGCCGCUCACGGCAACCCCAGCAUCAAUCAAGGAUUGGCUAGCCCAGGCCUUGGUGGUCAACAUCUGGUAGCUGGGCAGCUCCUCAACAAUCAGCAGCUGGCCGCAUUGCAAGCCCACCAGCAGGCGGCCAUGGCCGGCAGACGGUCCCGCCCCACCUCCCCCGGCAUUGCGAUGCAGGGUGGUGGUUUGACUCCGAUGGGAUUCACCUCCCCUCAGAACAAUGGGUUCCUGGCUGCUUAUGAUCCGAACAACCCUAUCAUGGGCAAUGGCAUGGGCUCGUUGAACAUUGGCCAAUUUGUUGGCAGUGAAGGCUACCUGUCGGAUCACUCCGAGGUUGCACGAGGCCGCUCCCCACGGGGUCGCCGGGGCAGCUCCAAGCCCCCCGAGGAUCCUACUGACCCAGCUCUCCUGAAGGACAUCCCCAGCUGGCUGCGAUCCCUCAGGCUGCACAAGUAUACCGACAACCUCAAGGAUCUGCAGUGGACAGAGCUCGUCGAUUUGGAUGACAAAGCUCUGGAGGACCGCGGUGUCAACGCUCUUGGUGCACGUAAUAAGAUGCUGAAGGUCUUUGAGCAGGUCAAGGAGGCCCGCGUUGACGGCAAAUUUGAAAACCUUGUCUAA